ACGCGGCUCGCCCCGCCCCGUCUGAUCGGCGGCCGCAUGGCUUCGGCCUCCCCCGUGGCCGUCUCGGGCCGCGGCGCCCGGGACCUGCUGCAGUUCCUGCGGCUGGUGGGGCAGCUCAAGAGAGUCCCACGCACUGGCUGGGUGUACAGAAAUGUCGAGAGGCCAGAGAGCGUGUCGGAUCACAUGUACAGGAUGGCAGUUAUGGCUCUGGUGACCAAAGAUGAUCGUCUGAACAAAGACAGAUGUGUACGCCUAGCCCUGGUUCACGAUAUGGCAGAAUGCAUCGUUGGGGACAUAGCACCAGCAGAUAACAUCCCCAAAGAAGAAAAACAUAGGCGAGAAGAGGAAGCUAUGAAGCAGCUAACCCAGCUUCUCCCAAAGGAUCUCGGAAAGGAGCUCUAUGAACUCUGGGAAGAGUAUGAGACGCAAUCUAGCGCAGAGGCCAAAUUUGUGAAGCAGCUGGACCAGUGUGAGAUGAUUCUUCAGGCUUCUGAGUAUGAAGACCUGGAGAGCAAGCCUGGGAGGCUGCAGGACUUCUAUGACUCCACAGCAGGAAAAUUCCGUCACCCAGAGAUAGUCCAGCUGGUUUCUGAACUCGAGGCAGAAAGAAACGCUAACAUUGCUGCUGCUGCUGCCGCCGCCGAUGUGAGUCUGUUUAUUUUCAAUUGCCUGGACUCCAGCAAGAAACAUGAUAUAACUUGGGCCAUAAAAGAAGCCGCAGAACAGGAUGUGGUCAUGAAAAUGCAUGGAUGAAGACUUGGCAGGGUGUGGGAGAGGAGGUGUCUUUUUAUGAACUAAAUAAAUACAUUUUAAAACCCUAAA